CCAGUGUGAAUCUAACUUCACAUUGGUCACGUGACUUUACUGGUUCCGUGUCAAACCAGUCAGCAAUAGAAGUAAAUAGAAACAUACACGAGAAUAGAAAGUGACUGCGGGCAAACGUAGUUCGUCAUUCACAAUGCUCCCAUCCUCCUGUGACACCUUUGUGGCUUUGCCACCUUCUACUGAGGGACAAUUCAUCAUCUUUGGGAAAAACUCUGACAGACCUUGUGAUGAAGUCCAGGAGGUGGUGUAUUUUCCUGCCAGAGACUAUGGUGCAGGAGAGAAAGUUGAGUGCACAUACAUAGAGGUUGAGCAGGUUGCCCACACUUACGCAGUGGUGUUGAGCAGACCAGCUUGGCUGUGGGGGGCAGAGAUGGGCGCAAAUGAGCAUCAAGUGUGCAUUGGAAAUGAGGCAGUGUGGGGCAGAGAGAGUGCGGACGGGGACGAGGCCCUUCUCGGCAUGGACCUCGUCAGGCUGGGGCUUGAGAGAGCUGACACCGCGGAGGGAGCUGUGGAUGUUGUCACGGAGCUGCUGGAGAAAUAUGGUCAGGGCGGAUCUUGCAUGGAGGACGAGAGUGGCUUCACCUACCACAACAGCUUCCUCAUCUCGGACAGGAGGGAAGCGUGGCUGCUGGAAACGUCAGGGAAGUACUGGGCAGCAGAGAAAGUGGCCGGUGGAUAUCGCAACAUCUCAAACCAGUACAGCAUUACAACAAAAAUAGACAAAGAACACCCAGGAAUGAGGGAGUAUGCACAGAGCAAGGGCUGGUGGGACGGGAAGUCUCAAUUCAACUUCGCCACGGUCUACUCUUACGCGACUACAGCCAGAAUGGAGGCCGCCGGGAGCCGGUACUGUGAGGGGAAGAAGUUAUUGAAGAAGAGCAACGGUCACAUCACAGCAGAGACGAUGAUGGCUAUCCUGAGGGAUAAAGACAGUGGAAUCAACAUGGAGGGAAUGUUCCUGACCACUGGCAGUAUGGUGUCUGUGAUCCCCACAAACCUGUCUCUGCCAGCAGUUCAUUAUUUUACAGCAACCCCAGACCCUGAAAGGUCUGUUUUUAAACCCUUCAUCUUUGUGAAACACAUAAAUGCACUGAAGGAGACGACCUCUCCUUCGUACGGUCCUAAUGACCCUGUAAAGAAGAAGCCUCGCUUCCAGAGCAAGCCUGACCGUAAACACGAGUUGUUUGUAAAGCAUGAGCUAGUGGCCGCCAUCAUUGAUUCCCACAAGGACCGAGGAACAAAGAUUACAGAGUUUAUGCGAGAGCUAGAAAAGAAGCUGAUGACACAGAUGGAGAAGAUUUUUUCAGACGGCAUUGAGGAACCUGAUUUAUUUGCAAAUUUGUUCUCUCGCUCUGUUCAGCAAGAGAUGGAGGCAUAUAACAAAAGCUGAGAGGCCUACCAGUUGUGGAACUACAGACAGCUGUCCACAGUGACAGCUUAGGUUUUUGUUAGCAUCACAUGUUCUAAAUAAUAAAUCUGCAAAACACAAAGUAUUAUUUCACAAGAACUGAAGUGACCCUGGACACUCAUAGCCAUUAUCUACUUAAAAUUAAUAAAGAUCAUAAUGUAGA